UGGGAGAGCGUUGGGAGGUGUAGAGCCGAGAACCGUUUUUAUAACCAGUGUGACUUUAUUUCCCAGAUUGCACCGCGCACAGUGAUGUUCCCAACAGCUGACAGUCGGUGAAGCCUCUGCCAGAGCUGUCCGUGGAAGCUCGUGAAGCCCUCUCGUCGGAAGCCCACGUAGACUGGACACACAAGCCGAACGUUUGCGGAAUCAAGACUGCCUAACAUAGUUUUUGGGAAACAUUCUUUUUUCUUUUUCUUUUUUUUUUUUUUUAAGUUUUAUUUCUUAUUUUAAUAGUCCAGCAUUGGCAGCCGGGGACAAUUGCUGUCAGCUAACUUCCACAAUAGGUCGCUGCGUCGCUGGACUGCCGCUUUAUGUUUUAUCCGAGCUCAGCGGUUUGACUCCAGCCCUUCCCUCUCCAGCCGUGCCCCAAUGCUGAGGAAUGGAUAGCGUGUCUGCUAACGGUGGGAAGAUGGUCGAGAGUGAUGAGCAGCAGCCGGAGAGGCACAGCGGCGGUGGCGCAGCGAUGGCCGCGCUCCAUCAGUGCGAGCUCAUCCAGAAUAUGAUUGAUAUCUCCAUCUCCAGUUUACAGGGGCUACGGACCAAAUGCGCCGCGUCCAACGACCUCACGCAGCAAGAAAUACGCACUUUAGAGGUAAAGCUGAUGAAAUACAUCUGUAAACAGCUGCAGUGUAAAAGGAAGGUCCCAGACACGGAGAGGCCCGAGGCCCUGGACAGCUACCCGCGCUUACGGGACUGGCUGCGCACCGUCAACCUGCGACCAGAGCUCAUCCAGGGGGUAGAGACAAAGUUGUCCUUGGACACAUUACUGCAGAUGACCGGAGCUCAGGUGAGAGAUGCGAUGAGAAGACUGGGGUCCAGUUCAGAAGAAUGUGCUAGACUUGGUGCUGCCCUCUCCUGUCUAAAGAGUGCCACUGAAUCAGGAGGCGAAAUGAAAGAGGAUGGUGUUUCCUGGCUGUCUGAGUCCACCAGGAGGGACAGUGGCUCUCUACUAACGGCAGACCAGCUGCCUUUCCUGGGAACUCCCCUGCGCCCCCACAGUCCAUCGCCUCUAGCCCGCCCCUCCACCAUCCAGUCCACGCCAUCCACCCCCUCUGCUACCUUCCAUCAUCCCCGUUCUGGUUCUGUUUCAGCAGCAGCCACACCGGAUGGGCUGGGAUCAUACGGCCAUGGCGACAGUCCCCUCACAGAUCUGUUCCCCAUGCCUCGGCCACGCACAACCCGCCUCCACGGGCACACCUCCACCCCGCCUGUAACCCCACCCUCAAAUAGGCGACAGAAACUGAAGCCCCCUUGCACUCCUCCACCUCCGUCCCGCAAGGUUCUGCAUCUGCUCCCCAACAUCACUCUGACACGCAGCAAGAGCCACGAGUCCCAGCUGGGCAAUCGCAUCGAGGAUCCCCCCAACAACAAGUGUGGUAAAAAGAACAAAUUAUUGCUGAACAUGCAAGUGAAUGGGAAUGGAUGUGAGGACUCGCCUUCUCGGUAUCCAGUCAAGCCCGCACGGACCCCUGGAGGGACGCCAGCUCCCAACACCGCACCUUACACCCUCCCAGGGACACCCACGCUAAUUGAGGAGCACAGCAUAAUUAAGAAUAACUUAGCGUUGCACCGCAGCUCCCCAAAAGCAGUCAGGAGGGACAUCGGUCUAGCCGUCACGCACAGGUUUUCGACCAAGUCCUGGUUAUCCCAGACAUGUCAAGUGUGUCAGAAGAACAUGAUGUUUGGUGUUAAAUGCAAACACUGUCGGUUAAAGUGCCACAACAAAUGCACAAAGGAGGCUCCGUCCUGCAGAAUCUCCUUUCUACCAAUUGCCAAAAUUAGGAGGACCGAGUCUGUUCCUUCUGAUAUAAACAACCCUGUGGACCGACCACAAGAAGCUCCUCAGUUUGGUACAUUACCAAAGGCCAUUACAAAAAAGGAUCAUCCCCCUGUCAUGAACCAGAUGGACUCGAGCAGCAACCCAUCCUCCACCACUUCAUCCACUCCUUCCUCCCCUGCUCCCUUCCAGCAGAGCAAUCCUCCGAGUGCCACGCCACCACCUAACCCUUCGCCCAAAGGACACAGAGACAGCCGAUUUAACUUUCCAGCUGCGUAUUAUUUUCAGCAUAGGCAGCAGUUUAUCUUCCCCGAUGUUUGCAGUCCUACAAAUGUGUGCUCUGAUGUCCUCCAAGACACAGCCAGUGAGGUAGAACAGUCAGCAGAUGAUACUCACAAUGAGCUGGUUGAGGAUGAAGAUGAAGAGGAAGGGGAUGAGAACAUUGAGGAUGAAGAUGAAGAUCCCGAAGCGGAGGAGGAGAAUGACGAGGACGACAGAGAUGACCACGGAGGGGAAUACGAGGAGGACAGGGAGGGAAUGAUGGGGAACAUCGGCUCAGACGGUGAGUGCGACGAGCUGGAUGAUCUGCCAUGCUCUCGUGGAAACCAGUGGAAGGGCCCCAUAUCCCGCAAGCCCAGCCAGACGAGCGUGUACCUGCAGGAGUGGGACAUUCCCUUUGAGCAGCUGGAUCUCGGCGAGCUCAUCGGAAAGGGUCGCUGGGGUCGAGUACACAAGGGUCGGUGGCACGGCGAGGUCGCCAUCAGACUUCUUGAGAUUGAUGGAAACAAUCAGGAUCAUCUGAAGCUCUUUAAGAAGGAGGUGAUGAACUACAGACAGACCAGACACGAGAAUGUAGUCCUCUUCAUGGGGGCUUGCAUGGCUCCACCCCACUUAGCCAUCAUCACCAGUUUCUGUAAAGGAAGGACACUGUACUCAGUUGUCCGGGACACCAAAAAUAAUUUGGAUAUCAAUAAAACGAGGCAAAUCGCUCAGGAGAUUGUAAAGGGAAUGGGCUACCUUCACGCCAAAGGCAUCGUUCACAAAGACCUGAAGUCCAAGAAUGUUUUCCACGACACCAACAAAGUGGUGAUCACGGAUUUUGGCUUGUUUGGGAUUUCUGGAGUCGUUCAGGAGGGGAGGCGUGAGAAUAAACUCAGACUUCCGCACGGUUGGAUUUGUUACCUCGCGCCGGAGAUUGUGCGUAAAAUGUGUCCAGGCAACAAUGAGGAUCGCCUUCCCUUUUCAACAGCAGCGGACGUGUAUGCCUUUGGAACAAUUUGGUAUGAGCUUCAAGCUAGAGACUGGCCAAUCACUAACCAGCCUGUUGAAGCCACCAUCUGGCAGGUGGGGAGUGGCGAGGGCAUAAAGAAGGUUUUGGGGGAGAUCAGCCUGGGCAAGGAGGUCACAGAGAUCCUCUCUGCCUGCUGGGCAUUUGACCCGAGAGAUAGGCCGACCUUCACUCAGCUGGCCGACAUGCUGGAGAAGCUGCCCAAACUCAACCGCAGGCUGUCGCACCCAGGACACUUCUGGAAGUCUGCAGAGUUGUAGCAGCCACUCUGAAACAUAAGCAAUGCAAAACAAAGCCUGGUUCUGCCUUGCAUGCUCCUGGAUCUCUAACUGUUACAGGGUUGAUCAAAGCAUUGCCUCUGCCUGAAACGGGCACCAUUUCCACUAAUCCCCAGUCCAAUCUUCCGUGUCUAACCGUUGGCGUAUUUCUUGUUUGGAAGAGCGGAUCGAGGGACUGAAAUACGAAAGAUAGGGAGCCCUUUUUUUUUUUUUUUUGCUUUUCCCUUUUGACACAUCUUUAAAAUCUCUUUGCCUUUUUCUUUUCUUUUUUUUUUCUUUUUUUUUGCUUGAUUCUAAAACAUCUGCUGGGCUUGUGAGUCUGGGCGUCUGUGAGACUGACUGACUGUGCCUGCUGAUGGCUGCUCACCUUCUCUGUGCUGCUAUGAUGUGGCUGUUCUCGCUGGGAUCCUGACAAAAUGGCACUUUUUUUUUUUCCCUCCUCCCUGAAAA